AUGCUCUACCUUUGUACAGGCCAUGGCCACGUUGAAAAGGCACCCAUUGUCGGCAGCUAGUACACCGCAGACAAGUCCCCGCCUGGCUAGUGUGGUUCCAAUUGAUAAAGGUGUUUGCUUUUACUAGCGUUUCCACUUCAGCUUCUUGUGGCCCCUUGCGAAACCUAACUUGACGCAAGCAAGACCGCUGGGGCUUGCACCAAAGCGGCGAGGACACCCGUUGAAAGACUACAACAGCUUACAUAGAAUGGUCCCCGAGGCAUAGAAACUUACGGUCGAACACAUAGUGCACGUGCCCAGCUUGCGUCUGUCAUAAUGGGACAGUGCGUUUCCAAGCCGCCCGAUGGGGCGGCAUACACAACCACUUCUUCGGGUCGUGGACAGCAAGCAACAACACCUGCUAGCAACGCAGCCGCAGCAGCCGCGACUUACCAGGAGCCAUCAGCUCACCAGCAGCAUCUCAGCCUUAUGAAGCGGAGCUUCCGCAGCACAAAUCGUUCUGUCAUCGAGGGGCUCGCUUCCGUGUACCAAGUGAAGACGGUGCUGGGGUCAGGCUGCGAGGGCAAGACGUGGCUCACGCAGGACCUGUCCACGGGGGCUUUGUGGGCGGUGAAGAUGGUGAAGCUGCCGCUGCACACCAAGAUGGUGCAGGCCAUUUUCCGGGAGAUCCGGAUCCAAUCGGAGCUGGGGGAGGGACACAUCAACAUCAUCACACCGCAGGAGGUGGUGCUGACCAGCCACUACCUGGGUCUGGUGAUGGAGUACGCGCCGGGGGGCUCCCUCACGCAGUACGUCACGCGCAAGUGGAAGGAAACGGGCGGUGUGGGUCUGCUGAUGCCGGAGGACGAGGCCGCCUUCUUCUUCAAGCAGAUCGUGCAUGCGGUGGACUACUGCCACCGACACCGGGUGGUGCACCGCGACCUCAAACUCGACAACACGCUGCUGUCUGCGCAUGUGCCGCCCUUUGUCAAGAUCUGCGAUUUCGGGUUUGCGAGGGGGUGGGGCGGCGAGGAGGCGCACUUCAAUACCAUCAUAGGCACUCCGGACUACAUGCCGCCCCAGCUCACGGCCGCCAAGGUGCACCGUACGGAAACACAGUACGACGGAACCAAGGCCGAUGUGUGGAGCAUGGGUGUGCUGCUGGCCGUGAUGCUGCUGGGCAAGUUCCCCUUUGACGACGCCGCAGCGGGCGGUGCGGGCGACCCCAUGCGCACCGUGUACGUGCAGCAGCACACGCAUGCACGCUGGCGGGACAACCCGGCGCUGCGGGAGCACGUGCCGCUGCUGAGCCCGGAGGCGGUUGACUUGUUGGAUAGGUGCUUCGAGCGGGAGGAGGAGAAGCGCAUCUCCGUCCGCGACCUGAUGUCACAUCCCUGGUUCACCCGGCAGCUGCCGCCCUUCUUCCAGCAGCCGCUGGAUGCACUGUUCAGGGAGCAGGCCGAGUUGGAGCGGCGUAUGAUGAGCGGCGCCAACAAGAGCAAGGAGCGGGACGCCGCCAUCGCCAACCUCAUCCGCAUGGCCUGCAGCGAGGAGUUCAAGAAGCAGGCCACCGCCCCCCUCACCCCCGAGUUCACCUUCCAGCUCUACAUGCGCAUCAAUCUGCGCUCCGUGCAGGACCACUACCCCACCUUCAACCGCAACUCCGUCAAGGCAAUUCUCAAGGCGGAGAGCAGGCGCAACAGCCAGAGAGGCAACGCGGCGGCGGCUGCAGCGGCAGCGGGGGGAGGCAGGCCCAAGCUUGCGAACGUCCAAUGGGACGCUUCUUCGCAAUCCGGAGGUCCGCAAUCCGGUUACGGCCCCCAGUCAGGUUACGGCCCGCAAUCUGGGUACGGGCCCCAAUCCGGCUAUGGUCCGCAAUCUGGAUACGGCCCCCAGUCGGGGUACGGCCCGCAAUCCGGGUAUGGCCCUCAGUCAAACUACGGACCUCAGUCAAACUAUGGUCCGCAGUCUGGGUAUGGGCCUCAAUCGGGAUACGGCCCUGGGCCAGGGCCGAACAGCGGGUACGGCACCGUUGGGGUGGCCGGCAUGUAUCCCUCAUCAAACUACGGCACGCCUCAAUCGUACGGCAUGGGCGCGGGUCCCAUGCAGCCGGGACUGGGGCCGCCUCCGCCUGGCAUGGCUGGCAUGCUCGCCUCGUCAUCUUACGUGGGCCCUAUAAGCCCUAGCGGAAUCAUGCCGUACAAUGGCGGCGCCGGCGGCGGCGGAAUGCCGUACGGCGGCGGGCCGCCGCCAGGUGGUCCUGGCGGCGGCGGAGGUAUGAUGCCGUACGGUGGGCCGCCGCCGCAGGGCCCGCAAGGCUCGCAAGCCGGCGCACCGCAGUUCAGACCUCCUGGGGCGCUGCCGCCGCCGCAGCAGCAGCAGCAGCAACAACAACAGCAACAGGUGACCGCUGGCACCGCAGUACCUUCCCAGCAACCGCAACAACAACAGCAGAUGAUGGGCGGUUACACACCCAACCCGGCGUACGGCGGUUACAUGCCCCCUCAAGGCGACUCCAUGGCGCCACCUCGCUUCAACCCGCCUGCCGCGGGAUCGGGGCUGCUGUCUGCAGCUAUGAUGAAUGCAGGGCCGGGGCCGGGGAUGGGAGG